GUUUUUCUGUACUUUGUCCUUAGAUUAAUAAUUGUAUUUAGAUUCAUAAUAUUUUUGAAAGUUAAUUAAAAUUGUAUUUUUAUAUAUAUUCACUUUUUUUGAGGGUUUUAUUGAAAAAGGCUACAACUUAAGGGUUUUUUUUUUUUUUUUUUUCACUAUAUUAAUAAUUGCAUUUAGAUUCAAAAUAUUCCUGAAAAUUAAUUAAAAAAUGUAUUUAUAUAUAUAUCCACUUUUUUAACCCUCUCGUAUUUUUUUAUUUUUUAUUUUUAUUAAUUUUUUUUUAUAAAAAAAUUGUAGUAUCAGGGUGUCCGUAUCGUAUCGUAUCUUCCUAAUACAAGACGCUUCUCUCUCCAUCUUCUCUCUGCAAAUAAUAAUUACUCUUUAAACAUCUUCGAUCUUCGAAUAUCAACAUCUUUCUCUCACUUCUUUGCUCUUCGUUCUUCAAAUUCGCUGUUUUUGAUAUUUUCCAGGUAAACCACAGAGCCACAGAUCUUCUCUCUCAUGCCAACAAGAUAAUAAGCAUUCAGAUGCCCAAUGAUGUUGAAAAUCCCAGAGAUGGCGAGGCCCAUAAAGGCUCAGAUGUCGUUUCUUCUUCUAGCGAAUCCCAAGUGACAUGGUAUAGUAGCUUAGUUCAACAAGCAUCAGUCUAUGGUAUAGCUGGCGGAUACUGCAUUUCGGCAUCAUUGCUCUCCAUCAUCAACAAAUGGGCUGUCAUGAAAUUUCCUUACCCAGGGGCACUAACUGCUCUGCAGUACUUCACAAGCGCAGCUGGGGUCCUCAUCUGUGGGUGGCUCAAGUUAAUAGAACGCGAUCAAUUAGAUCUUUUGACAAUGUGGCGGUUCCUACGAGCAGCAGUUAUAUUCUACCUCUCUCUUUUCACCAACAGUGAGCUACUUCACCAUGCUAAUGUUGACACCUUCAUUGUCUUUCGUUCAGCGGUUCCCAUAUUUGUCGCACUAGGAGAGACUUUAUACUUGCACCAGCCAUGGCUGACAAUGAGGAUGUGGAUCUCACUUGCCGCCAUCUUUGGUGGUAGUGUGCUUUAUGUUAUAACAGAUUAUCAGUUCACUCUCAUGGCUUAUAGCUGGGCCUUGGCAUACCUUAUAAGCAUGUCCAUAUAUUUUGUCUACAUUAAACAUGUGGUCAUGACCAUUGAUCUGAAUACAUGGGGUCUUGUGUUGUACAACAAUCUUGAGGCUCUGAUGCUGUUUCCAUUUGAGCUGCUUAUUAUGGGAGAGUUGAAGAAGAUAAAACAUGAAAUUUCGGAUGAGUCAGAUUGGUACUCAUUUCAGGUGAUUUUGCCAGUUGGGUUAGCAUGUCUAUUUGGUUUAGCCAUCUCUUUCUUUGGGUUUUCUUGCCGCAAGGCAAUUUCUGCAACAGGAUUUACUGUUCUUGGCAUAGUGAACAAGGUAUUGACAGUUGUCAUUAAUCUGGUUGUUUGGGACAAGUAUUCAACAUUUGUGGGCACGGUAGGGCUUUUGAUUUGCAUGACAGGUGGGAUUAUGUACCAGCAAUCUACAAGCAACAAGUCUAAGGCUGUUAAAGAAGUAAAUGCACAGGGGAAUGAGGAGGAACAACAGGAGCUACUUGAAAUGCAAAGCAACAAACAAAGCAGUAGCGAUGAGAAGCAUGCUACAGAUUCAGGAGAGGGAAAAUGAGAGGUCAGAAAGAAAUCCUCUCACAUUUGCUUCUCAGUUUUCUUAAUAGUGAUAAAGACUAGGUGCGACAAUUUUUCGCGUCUCACCAGUCUGGAAAACCUAUUUGAACACAAUAUCCAUGACUGGAAUCUGGGGAGGGGUCAGGUCCGAAUUGGCUUCUUGGCCGGAUGCCCAAUGUUAUUCUUUUUCUUCUAAUAUAUGUUAUAAUUGAUUUUUUUCUCUUUCUUUUUUUUUUUUUUUUUUUUUUUAAUCUCUACCAGCCCUGGUCAACCUUUGAAGAAUGUUUUAGGAGUUUUUUCAUUCAUUUCAUGUAAUUUUUUAAAAAACAUUUCAAUGAUCCAUAUAGUUGAGGUAGUUAUUUGGUUGGUCCAGCUUUACCGGUUCAUAAAUUGUUUCUAGAAAUGAUGAAAUGUUUACUUUUUCUUUUAACUUUGAGAAUUUCAUUCAUCAAUCUAGUAAUCCAGAUGUUGCAUGGUUAGAUAGAGUAUGCAUCUGAGAUUAUGGCAUGAUAGCUAUGCACAGGUGAAUUGAUCACAAAAAUUAUUCACUGCAUCACUAGAACUCAAAUGAGGUGGUUGAGACCAUAAUUCCUUUAUAUUUAUAUUGGGUUAUGGAGGUCUAUGUUCACUCCAUCUAUAUUCCUUUUCUCUGUAUAUGAUUUGCUUCUCUAGUUGAUUGAGUUUUUCAGCAGGGAACACUCUUGUCACUCUUAAAAUUUAUUUAUUUUCCUUUUCUAGUCCACCUACAACAUUUGAUUUCCCUCCUAUCGGACCUAUCCUUGCAAUUUUCCAAAAAUCUGAGCCCAUAAUUCACGACCAGAAACUCAUGAUUGAAAAAUCUAACCUCAUUGCUGAUUUUAUGCAAGGCGUUACUUUUUAUGCUUUGAGAUGAAAAUGUGGGUGGAAGGUAAGUAGGAAAGAUGGAUGAGGCAUCUCUAGAACAGAAAGAUGUCAUUUUCGUUCUUUGUUUGUUUACUUAGAAAGAAUUAAUAGAAGGAGGUGAAACUUUUCAUUGUUUGGGAAGAGGAAAAAGGAGAUUUUUUAUUUAUUCUUACCAUUACACAUAAAUAUAAUUUGGCAAAAAUGGUAUAAUGUUAUUUCACAUUAUAUAUAGUAAUUAUUAUUCUUUUUCCUCCUCUCUUCCAUCCAAUUUUGGAUGGAUGGUAAAUAGUGAGUUAGGAGCUAUGUUUCAUCCAUCCACCCAUCCACCCAUCCUUCCCAUCCCUCCAACUCUCCCUUGAAACAAAAUGGCGGGGCCAAGUUUCAGGGAGACUGGAAGCUUUUAAGUCGGCGAACAGGUUUAUAUCUGAUCCUCUUGCCACUUAAUUGCCAAAAUUUUUUUUUUUUUCUGUAUGGGUUAGAGGAGACUGCUUAUAAUAUCCUUUUGUUGCUUCUUUUACCUCUCUUUUUUUCACCCUGCAGGUGGCAUGCCCAUAAAUAAAGUCUGGAGACUAGACUAAAUAUGCAUCACUGAUUAGCGGGUGCAGUCAGUUCUAAUUUAUCAGUGUAUUUUAAUUCUAGAGAUGGGAAUAGACCUUAUAUAAUUUGAUGUAAAUUAGAGUAUAUUAAUUAAUAGAGACAGGAUCUAGAAAUUUUUGCAGCAUUUGCUUACAUGAUGGAAGAUAAUGGUAUGAUAUAACUUGCAUUUCAGAUAGUCAUUGAUAAUUAGCUGUGUUUAUUAGCAUCAAGGAUCCUCUAUUUCUUACAAUUUUGGUGUACCUUUUUCAUUCUACUUAAAUAGUUGAAUUACAUAUUUUUUGCCACACAAGGAAGAGUUUAUAAAUUUUCAAAGUGAAACCUUGAAUUGCUUAUCGUUAUGUUAAUCUUAGUUGCUUAGAGUAGCAUGCUAGAGCUUAAGUCCUAUUCCAAUAUUGUUAUUGAAAACAAAUGCUUUAAUAUGUUUUGUUGAUGAAAGUGCAGAUAAGUGUGUGCUGGGACCGAAUUUCAUGAAGAUGACCUUAAUAUUGUAUAUUUUAUCGUGUGAACCAAUCAGUCUCUGACAUGAAAUUAUGCGCUUAUAUAUUAAUAUUUUUAAAUAACUAAUUUCUAAUUUUAGCACUCAGAUAAUAUUCUUUUGUCAAGUGUUAAUUAUCUCUGGAGACAUCUUCAAACAUUUAUAUAUGGAUACCAUAACAUAUAAGUGUAUCAUGCUCAUUCAAGGAAUCAGCACUGUGGUGCACUGGUGCUACCUUCAUGUACUGAUUUUUGAGAGUUUUUCUAGGAAUUGCUCACAAUACCUUGUUAAGUUAAAUUAAUCCAAAUUUUAGAUUUUAUAGUCUGAAAUGCAUGGAAUUAGCCACGUAUUUUUCCUUGGACUGAAAAUCAUAUAUGGAUGGUAAAUAGGAGCUAUGCUUCAUCCAUCCUCCCAUCCCUCCGACUCUCCCUUGUAACAAAAUGCCAGGGCCAAGUUUCAGAGAGACUGGAAGCCUUAAGUCGGUGAACAGGUAUAUCAUAAUUACCAUAAUUAUUUUUCUGUAUGCGUUAGAGGAGACUGCUUAUAUAUCCAUUUGUUGCUUCUUUUACCACAACUUUUUUUACCCCGCAGGUGGCAUGCCCAUAAAUAAGGUAUGCAGACUAAACUAAAUAUGCAUCACUGAUUAGCUGGUGCCGUCAGUUCUAAUUUAUCAGUGUAAUUUUCUUUUAACUCUAGAGAUAGGAAUAGACCUUAUAUAAUUUGAUUUAAAAUAGUAUAUUGAUUAAUAGAGACAGGGCCUAGGAAUUUUCGCAGCAUUUGCUUACAUGAUGGAAGAGAAUGGUAUGAUAUAAUUUGCAUUUCAGAGAGUUAUUGAUAAUUAGCUUUGUUUAUUAGUAUCAAGUAUCCUCUAUUUAUUAUGAUUUUGGUGGACCCUUUUCAUUUGACUUAAAUAUUUGAAUUACAUAUUUGUUCGCCACGCAAAGAAGAGUUUAUAAAUUUUCAAAGUGAAACCUUGAAUUACUUAUAGUUAUGUUAAUCACUUAAUCUUAGUUGCUUAGAGGAGCAUGCUAGAGCUCAAGUCCAAUUCCAAUAUUGUUAUUGAAAGCAAAUGCUUUUAUAUGUUUUGUUGAUGAAAGUGCAGAUAAGUGUGUGAUGGGACCGAAUUUCAUGAAGAUGACCUUAAUAUUGUAUAUUUUAUCGUGUGAACCAAUCAGUCCCUGACAUGAAAGUGUGCGUUUUUUUUAUUUAUUAAUUUUUUUUAAAUAACUAAUUUCUAAUUAGCACUUGGAUAAUAUUCUUUUGUUAAGUGAUACUACGUAAUUAUCUCUGGAGACAUCUUCAAACAUUUAUAUAUGGAUACCCGAACAUAUAAGUGUAUCAUGCUCAUUGAAGGAAUCAGUACUGUGGUUUCAUGUACUGAUCUUUGAGAGUUUUUGUAGCAAUUGCUCACAAUAUGUUGUUACAUUACUAAUCCAAAUUUUAGAUUUUAUUGUCUGAAAUGCAUGGAAUUAGCCACAUAUUUUUCCUUGGACUGAAAAUCGUAUAGAAUUGACAGGCACUGUUGCAUCAGAUAACCCUACAGAGACUUGCCCUACCUUUUUCUCCUCUUGUAGUCCUCUAUUUUUUUUUUUUUUUUU